AUGGCGGACCACAAGCCUAACGAGAAGGACGAUCUUGAGCCUACAAGACCCGCAAAGAUUCCUUUCUGGCGCAUCGUUUACGACCAGGCGGGCGUGACAGACGCCGUUCUCAAACACCCAUAUGCCGGCUCCGGCACAGAAUCAGACCCGUACCUAGUACAAUGGAUACCGCACGACCCCAGGAACCCGAUGGGGUUCAGUACCUUCACGAAAUGGUUCAUUACCAUGAUUGUCGCAUUCGCGACCCUGGCGGUGGCCCUCGUGUCAUCUGCCUACACCGGCGGCAUGAAGCAGAUCAUCAUGGAGUUUGGCAUAAGCCAGGAGCUGGCGACGCUGGGCGUCUCCCUCUUCGUCGUUGGAUUCGCCGUCGGCCCGCUGCUGUGGGCGCCGCUUAGCGAGCUGUUCGGUCGACAGGUCCUGUUCUUCUUCACAUACGCGGCCUUGACCGCAUUCAACGCUGGCACCGCUGGCGUCCAGAACUCGUGGAGCUUGAUCAUCCUGCGAUUCUUCGCAGGCGCUUUCGGUUCUUCGCCGCUCACCAAUGCUGGAGGCGUCAUUGCCGACAUGUUCCCUGCUGCCCAGAGAGGCCUGGCGACCAGUCUGUUUGCCGCUGCGCCGUUUCUGGGACCAGUUCUUGGACCCAUCAUUGGAGGAUUCCUCGGAGAAUCAGCUGGUUGGAGAUGGGUGAUGGGCUUCCUCGCUGCUUUCUCGGGAUUUUUCUGGAUCGUCGGCACUUUGCUCGUCCCGGAGACCUACGCCCCAGUUCUGUUGCGCAGACGCGCCGCCAAGAUGACCAAGAUGACCGGAAAGCAAUACGUUAGCAAGAUCGAUGCCGACCGAGGCAAGAUUACCCUGGGUCAGUCCAUGAAGACCGCCCUGUCGCGGCCGUGGAUUCUGCUCUUCAGAGAGCCUAUUGUGCUGUUGCUGUCCAUUUACAUGGCCAUCAUCUAUGGUACACUUUACAUGCUUUUCGCCGCAUUCCCUAUCGUCUACCAGCAAAACCGUGGAUGGAGUCAAGGUGUUGGUGGUCUUGCCUUCCUCGGUAUCCUCGUGGGAAUGCUCUUUGCCAUCGCUUACAAUAUUCCUGACAACAAGCGUUAUAUCAAGACCGAGGAGAAAAAUAACGGCUUUGCACCCCCUGAGUCCCGCCUGCCACCGGCGAUGGUCGGAUCUAUCGCUCUCCCGAUCGGUCUUUUCUGGUUUGCCUGGACCAACUACCCGGAUAUACACUGGCUGGCGAGUAUUGCAGCCGGUGUGCCGUUUGGAUUCGGUAUGGUUCUCGUGUUCCUCAGCAUCAUGAACUACCUCAUCGAUGCGUACACCAUCUUCGCCGCCUCGGUGCUGGCAGCCAACUCGGUCCUGCGAUCUCUAUUUGGUGCCGCUUUCCCGCUUUUCACCACAUAUAUGUACAAGGACCUCGGUAUUCACUGGGCAUCCAGCAUUCCCGCGUUCCUGGCCCUGGCGUGUGUGCCAUUCCCGUUCCUGUUCUACAAGUAUGGGCCUGCCAUCAGAACGCGCUGCCACUUCGCCGCCGAGUCAGAGCAGUUCAUGAGGAAGCUGAGGCAGCAAGAACAAGACGAGGCCGCCAUGGAGCAGGACACAUCUCCUGAGGAUGGCGACGAGGUGGAACAGACAGAGACCAACGAGUCUGACGACACCUUGACUCCCACAGUCUCGCAUGCCGCACGCUCGUCGAGGAGAGGCUCCUUGGCCCGCACUACCAGCAAUGCGCUCCGUCGCGUGCCGACUGGUUAUGAGGAGAACCCUUACGAUAUCGACCGAGUCAACACUACAGACUCGCAGUUCGCGGUCAAGCCACUCAAACUGACCAAGACGCGAUCGCGUGUCUGA